GAUAAGUGAAAAUGCUAAGCACUGCUUCAUGCUGGCUUUAAUGGAGUGACCACCCUGCAUGUGCGCUACUUCUCUCUGUUGAAGUUGACUGAUGAGUUGAGUCACCAGCCCGUGACGGGUCACAAAUAGUUGGAAUGCUCAAAGCACAGUGCUGCUAAAAGGUUACCUGCUGAGACCAAAAUGAACCUGCCAUCGAAAGAGGAGUGUGAAAGCUGGGACCAGGAACAAGUGGCCUUCUUCUUGUGUAGCAACAAAAUGCAAGAAUGUGCAGCUACUGUAAACAGACUGAAAAUUAACGGACUAAGAUUUCUGAAUCUGUCAGACAGUGACAUAAGCAAGUUCAGUCUCAUCCAUCAACCGCAACUGCAGAAGAUUGUUCAGGGCAUCAGGAAAAAUGAUGGCGGCUUUCUGAAUAAAAUAAGAAGACUGAGAAGCAAACCACUUCCAAAAGUACCUGCAAGAGAUUACAGAGAUGAUGAGAGGGAGGAUGAUGAGCUGUCUGACUUUGAUUAUGAUAACGAAAUGUAUGAGGAUCCGCGUGAGAACCAGGAUGGCAGCUACGAGCCUCCUCCCAGCCACAGCGACUUCACCAUCGGACCUUCUAUUUCCAUCCCAAUUGGAGAGUAUCUUGACAGCUGCCAUAACCGACCCCAGCUACCUCCCAAAAAGCCCCGCCGCCCAGACAAAGCCUGCAAAGAACUCCCUCCUGAACCCACUCCGACAGGAAGUGAUGAAGAAGACUACAUUGAACCAGAUGGCGGUAAUGAUGAUAACUACAUAGAACCUGAAGAAAGUCCACCUGCUGAUCACCUGAUGCAUGGUGUGAGAAGACCAGGGAGGCACCCUGUGCUGCCAAAACCUUCACCCGGUCAACCACCCACUCCUGAUUUUUAUGAAGUUCCCGACCAACAGGAAAGGUGUGCACCAGCAAACAGACCGUGUCCAGCCCCUGCAGCAUUGCCACUUUGUUUACCACCAAUAGCAAACCCCAGAAUGAAUAUGAACAAAUCCCCUGUUUCUCAUGUCCAGGAACACCCAGGUGAUGAUGAGUAUGAAAUUUGUGAUCCAGAUGAUAACAGUUCCAGCUCUCAAUCGACGAAUGACCGUCCCCCAGUGCGACCCAAACCUUUGCCCAGAGAUAGGUCACCAAAACCACCACAUUUAAGACCGAAGCCAGAUUUAAAACCAAAAGAAUUUGCAGGCCGAACACUUCCAGUGAUCCACACGGACCACAAUCCUCAUCCCAAAACACAUUCACUCGACAUGAAACGACCAAUCAUUCCUAUUCCACAGUUGUUCAAGCCCCACAUCUCCAGCCAAACUGAAACAGGGCGUGUUGGUGUUGACAUUGGACUGUUAGAUGAAGAUAAGGAGGCAGGUGUCUAUAACAAGCCAUGGUAUGCAAGAACAUGUGAUCGCAAGACUGCUGAACAUCUCUUGAUUCAGUCAAAUAAAGAUGGAGCAUUUAUGGUGAGGAAGAGCUCUGGUCAAGACACACAGCAGCCCUACACGUUAGUAGUGUUGUACAAAAGCAGAGUGUACAACAUCCCAAUCCGCUUUCUACAAACUACGCGGCAGUACGCACUGGGAAAAGAGAAGGCAGUAGAGGAGUAUUUCAGCAGUGUCUCCCACAUCAUUGAGACCCACCAGAGGAAUCCUCUGGUUCUGAUCGACAGUCAGAGUAACAACAAGGACACAACCAAGCUGUGCUAUCCCAUCAACCUCUAGACAACCCUCACCGCCGACCCCGAGUCCUAACCACAUCAACACGCUCUGUUUGCCGCCACACCACUUGUAGUCCAGUAAUAGUUAUUAUUUAUGUCAUGGUCUGAAAAAUAUUUAUAAAAAGCAUUAUAGAAUCCUUUCAUCGCCCUCUACAACAUGCUGAAAGUGCCCAUGUGUCUUCCUGUUGUGAUGUCAUGUCAUCAUGGAAACAGCAAUUCUGAAACACCAGUGAAUUUUGAAUCAAGACACUGAUGGAGAUCAUGGCGUGGUGGCAAAAAACAAAAAUGUAUUAAAUUCACUGCUGCUCUGAUACGAAGCAUAUGACUUCCACAUAGCCGACAUUCAUGAUUCAAAAAGAUUAAGACUUUUUGUCAGCAACUGAAAAUGCACAAAAGCAAAAAUGACAACCUGGCACCAUGUUUGGACUGCAAUGUUUCAAAAAUUUCAUCAAGCCCUCAAGUGUGAAAUGUUUGCUAGAUCACCCAACCUUGGUUGUAUAAUGAUUUAAGAUUAUUUUUCUGCAUUUCUACAUCCCAGUUAAGACCCCCGUCUCACAUAGUACAAAUGCGCACUAGCCAAGCCGAAUCAGGCAGAAUGUAAAAAAAAAAAAAAAAUCGUACCACAUCUGGGAGGGAAUUGCGGAGGACAGCUGUCCGAAUAUCCAGACUGCAUUCCGACCUGCCCCGACUGAUUCAUACGUGUGCUGUGCGCGAGCCUCCAAAAGCAGUACAAAUGUAGGUGGGACACAGUAAGAGUACCUGGACAGCUGCCAGGAUGCAGUACGAACAAUAAGAAUGCACUUACAAGACGUAAGAUUGCAGUCCGAUUACAGUUUGGCAGAAUAUAUUCCAGAAGUGCUCCAGGUGCAGUCGAAUUUCCCGAAUGUGCCUGAACGCACCACUACAGGUCACAUUCAUGAAAUUCGGCGAAGGCAGAAGCAUGCCGAAUGUGCCCACAAACGCAAUCAGAAUGUCACAAAUGGCAUUUUCACAACAUUGGAUUGUUUAGAAUGCAGUCAGACGGCACUUCUGGUCAGAGUACCGUUCGACAGUUGUUCCACCUUGACUGCACCAUGACUGUUUUGAACAUAAGCAAAACAUUCGAGGCAGCCGCACGACUGUGCUUGACUGUUCAGACUAGGGAGGGGUGUUAUUUCAAAAAAUUUGGAAAUCUAUAAAUGUUUGCCUGGAAUAUGAAAAUACACACGGAAUAACGCAUAGCAGGAUAAAUUUUGGGUCAUUUGGUUCCAAAAACCCAUAUGGAUGGAGCCAGUGAAGAUAUCAGGUUCAAAAAU